ACUUGCUUUCCGAUUCACAUCAAGAUGAACAGCACACCCACAGCCCCUACCCCAACACCAUGGGACUCCCUAGCCGCCGUCCUCGGCUUCCCAAAUGAGGACGAGACCUUCUGGUGGAACACAACCGCACCAAUUCUCAGCAAAUUCCUGCACAAAGCCAAGUACACCCUCGACCAGCAAUAUGCAUAUCUAAGCUGGUACCACCGCUACAUCCUCUCCUCUUACGGUCCUCGGCCCCAAGAAGGAUGCGAGCGAACAUGGCGCGCGCAAUGCACGCCGAACGCCUCCCCUUUCCAGCCCAGCUGGAAUCUUCAGAACAACAAGAGUACAGUGCGCUUCACUAUCGAGCCGAUCGGCCAUGCGGCAGGCACGCGGCAGGAUCCCUUCAACCAACUCGCAGCCUUUGAGCUCAUGAAGAGUCUGAAAGGAGUGGUGCCGGGAUUAAAAGACGAAUGGUUCUACCACUGCGCAAGAGAAUUGUACGUCCCGAAGGACCUCAUCAACAUCAUGCUUGCGGUGCAAGGGCCGCCAAAGGGACCUAAGCCGCCGACGUGCUUUGUUGCAUUCGACCUCGAUGAGAGGAGGAUCGAGACGAAGGCGUACUUCUUCCCGCACAUCCGCGCAUGGAACUUGGGCGUCACGCAGGGCGCGCUCGUUAUCGAUACUGUGAGAGGCUUGGGCGGUGGUGUUGAUAUGUCUGCCGCCCUUGCACAGUUUGAGGAGUAUCUGACCAGCGAAGGACCGGUGUCCCAUCGCAACGUCGAAAUGUUGGCGAUAGACUGUGUCGAACCGACCAAAGCCCGCGCGAAGAUCUACGUCAACAGCUUCAACAACUCGUUCAGCAAGGUCAAGCACAUCUACACGAUGGGCGGGCUCCUGCGCGAUCCUGCUAUACUGGAUUGCUUGAAGCCACUGGAGGAGUUAUGGAAGCUGCUGUACGAGAUGCCAGAGGAGGGAUGGGAGGAUGUCGAACUGCCAAAUGUGAUGCACCAUCGUAGCUGCUUCGUGUUUGGGUUCGAGUUCAAGUCCGGCCAGGCGUGGCCGAGCACGAAGAUUUACUUUCCAAUGUGGCACUAUGCGAAGAACGACGUGCAGAUUUCAGAGGCGCUGGCUAGGUUCUAUGAAAAGCAGGGGUGGGGAAAGUUGGCGGGGGAGUAUAAGAGGGAUAUCGACGAGAUAUUCAUGGAGCCCGAUAUGCCGCACUCUGCGGGAACACACCAAUAUCUUUCUUUCGCGGCGAAGGAAAAGUCGGGGUUGUAUGUGACGAUGUACUAUUCGCCUACGAUCCCGCAUCUCACACAGAGACAUUCGCCGUCGCCGGUUGGAGAAGGCAAUCCCAUGAUGAUGAUGGGGCCACCUGGGAGUGGGCCACCGCUACCACUAAGGGUUUUGCAGACAGCGUGGCCGGUGUUGAAGUGGGUUGUUCCUGGGCAGAUCUAGAGAAGAGCUAUCUAGGGUGCUAGGAGGGUACCAGAUGCUCGUUGGUGUAAAGCUCUAAUUUGGAUGAUCAAGAAAUGAUGCGAAUGAUACCAGUAAACGAUUUAGGAUAAAGACGUUCUGAUGAAGCCGAGGAUUCAUGGGUGAGUCAGUUUUGUCUCUGUUGGAAUGCUGUGCUGGCUGUCACUUCCAUAUUGAUCGUGGCAGGUGCCAUGAUACAUUCUGUAUGGCAGGUAGUUCCUAGAUGGAGAAGGCAUGUUC